AUGCCUCCAGUCUGCACCAACUGCGGCGCCUCGAGCACCACAACCCGCAGCAAGUUCUGCUCCGAAUGCGGCCAGCGCUUCAUACCCACCACCACCGCCACCACUACCACCUUUGACAGCAGCAGCAGCUUCUCCUCCUCUCUCCCCAACGACAUUGCGCCACUCGGUGCCUCUGCGUUCCGCACCCCUUCGUCCGCCUUGGGCAGCCACGCGUACCAGCAUACUCCAGCUAGUACCAGCCACAACCACACGCUACCCCUUGUGGCUCCACCACUCUCCUUUGCUACCGUGGACGCUUCUCCGUUGCCAUCCAAUGGCAAGUCCUUGUCCCCCUCUAGUGCUCUCCGCAAUAGCAGCAAACCAAGCGGCAACGUCCGCAACACUGUGCGGUUCGCCUCCACCAGCAGCUCUUCCACCGAGUCUUUUGCUCCUUGUGACGUGGUACCACCCGCAGCAACUGGAGCUGACGCGCUGCAGCUCUAUGAGCAGUGCGUGCAGACGAUCCGAGCCGCCAAAGGUGGACUCAAUGACCGCGGGGUCAAGGAGUUCAAGCACAAUUGCCGCCAAUUCGGACUUAAGGAGAUCACGGUCGAGCGCUUCUACGCGUCGAUCGUUGCCGAGCUCGGCCCCCAAGGCACGAGCGCGUUCGUCCCGACGUUGGCUCGAUUGGUGCCGGAUGACGAGCGGAGGAAGGAGCUCGUGGAGUUUAAUGCCGUCCAGCAACGACAGGGACUUGAUGAGAGCAGGAGCAGCAGUUUUACUACCAAAAGCAAUAGCAGGAGCUCGAGCUUCCGUGAUCGCAGCAGCAGUGCGGGGCAACGCCCGUCGCAGACUCUUGUGCAGCGGAACUCGAGCAUGACCGAGUCGGACGCUGGCGUUCUGACAAAGAAGGGGCUGCUGAACAAUCGAUACGCGGACCAUCCAAACUGUGACGUGUGCAGUGUCCACUUUGACGUGACGAAGCGACGACAUCAGUGUCGUCUCUGUGGGCAGUAUAUCUGCAGUGCGUGCUCGCCCGUUCGACUGUUGGUGCCUCCUGGUCGAGAGAUUGAAGGUGCGAAGAAGUACGACGCGUCGAUUCCACAGCGCGUGUGUAUCCAGUGUGCCCCGCAGCUGCACCCGCUGCAGGAUGAGUUAGUUGCAAUGUACGCUCAGUCACAGACGGACAACGCCCAUGAAGCUCGGAGUCGGCUCCAUAUUCCGUUUACAAACUCGCUGAACAAAGAGUGCUGUAACGCUGCCGACGUGAUUGGGAAUUUCUUCCGCAACGAAUGGGGAUCAUCAGCUGACCGUGCGAUUCCAGUGGCUUUCCUGCAGAAAGCUCAUGGUCUUGCGGUCAUGACUGUUGUCAAGGCAGGGUUCCUUGUCUCGGGCACCAUUGGCACGGGGUUGGUUGUUGCCAAACUGCCGGAUGGCUCUUGGUCCGCGCCUUCUGCUAUUGGAACGUUUGGACUCAGCGGUGGGUUUGAAAUUGGCGGUGAAUUGAUCGAGGUGAUGAUUAUUCUCGGAUCAGAAGGAGCAGUGAAGGUUUUCCAUAAGCCACAAGUAAGUCUCGGUGCAGGGCUGGACCUUGCCGUGGGUCCAUUUGGUCGAUCAGCACAAGCAGCUGCUGCUGCCAGCUCGAGUGGCUUGAAUGCCAAUUACAGCUAUUCCCACAGUAAGGGACUCUACGCCGGGAUAUCGCUGCAAGGGGCGAUUGUCGCAGCGCGCACGGACAUGAAUCGGAAGUUUUACGGUCGAGACUUGCAGCCAAGUGAGUUGCUGAGUGGCUACGUGGAGCAACCAGCAGCUGCGCGGCCAUUGUAUGAAGCGAUUGAUAACGCGAUGCGAGGCAUUGCGAAUCACAAGGAGGAGCAGCAGCGUCGGUCCGAGGUGAUGGGGGCAUGCCGACUGUGCAAUUGCCCCAUGUACCAGGCCCACACGACGCAAGUGUGGAACAAGAAGUGUAAAUCGUGCAAACACGCACAUUAA